AUGCAGCGCUUCCCGGGCCAGACGGCAGACGACGCGCCGGCCCCAAGUCAUCAGUACCUGGCGGACCGGGCGGAGAGUGACGCGGACAACCCUGAGCUGGGGGCGGCCGCCAUGGAGGAGGACGACGCCACAGUGAUCGAGGCAGCAGACGGCUCCGCAGACCCCCGCCGCGUGGACCCACUCGCCACCCUCCAGGAGGCGACGGAGAAGAACGCGCGGGAGGCGUGGGAGGAGCAGGAGUCCGCAGCUCGGGAGAAGGCGGAGGCGGCCAAGGUGGCGCAAGCGGAAGCCGAUGUGGCGGCCAAGGCUCAAGCCGACGCCGCGGCCAAGGAGCAAGCGGACGCGGCUGCCAAGGCGCAUGUGGAGGAGGCGUCCCGUAGCUGGGCUCCAGAGUCCACCAGCCCGCAGCACGCGGAGCCGUCGAUGCUAGAGGGCCAGGACUACCACAACAUCCACGCGGCCGCCUACAAUUCCCAGGUCCAGGAGCUGGCCAAGCGGACCACCGACCUGAACCAGAGCCGGAAGGCCGCCGCUGAUCUACGGAAGCGCCUGGGCGAGGUAGAGUCUGCGCUCCACACCAAGGAACAGGAGCGCAGCCAUGCGGUUAAGGAGUGCGACCACCUGACCAAGGAGCUGGCGGACCAGGCAGAUCGGCACAAGGCGGAGCUUCAAAAGCUGAAGGACAUCGAGGCUCACCUCCAGGCCGAGUUCGAGACUCAGCGCUCGAACUGGGCCGAGAAGGAGAAGUUCCUGUCCGACGGCUACGGCGAGAUCGAGGACAUGAUCGAUGAGUUCUUUCUUGGUCAUUCCGUCGCUGUCAGCCAGGCCAUCGAGGCACGGCGGGACGUGCGAAGGAGGGCAGGCGCGGAGAUUGUACCCAACGCGCCCCGGAAUCUCGGCGAGCAGCUUCUGGUCGUCAAGACGCGCCUGCAGCCGGCUCAUCGGAUGCUCCACCGCCUGCAGUGUGUCGGGUCUCAGCUACUGGCCACCCUGUGGCCAGAUACCCCGAUCCCGCGCACCCGCAGUUGGACUGCCGACUGGCUGGAGAUAGAGGCCGGACCGGAGCUGGCGGCGGCGAGCCGCGCGCUCACUCAACGCGCGGCAGCGAUCGCUGAGUACGCCGACACCAUCGUCUUCAUCCCUGAGCUGGACGAGGAAGGCGCCGUGGUGCCGCCCAAAUGGUUCGGGCUAAACCCGGAGGAUGGGAAGGACUCGGCAGAGGAAAUCACUUCCAGCGACGAGGGUGAGGACGAAGAGGACAAGGACGGUGAAGACAUCGCGCCGGACGACGGAGCGGACAGUCGGCCUCGGCCUGACCAGGCUUCGACCAAUGAGUCGCCGACUGCUGCUGAUGCCGAUCAGGCUGAGACCCACCGGUCGGCCGCUCCACCACCCGGCACCUCUACCUCUGCCGACCCAUCGGAUCCCCUGCUGCUCUUCUGGCCUAGGCGGCCACUUUAUCCUUCCUGCUUUUCUGUUCUUGUAAUCUUUUGA